GGUAUGAUAGCAUAGGUAGGCAGCAUGCAUCGUGGGAAGGAGUAAGUCUAACUCAGGAAGCGACCUGAUCGGCGAAUGCGUACAUCAAAGCGAAGACGACAAGCAGUGCUGCAUCUAAAUUACAUUCUUUGGAUGCCGUAUUGCUCCCCUUUGUUGGUUCAAAGUAGUCAAUUAUGACAGACGCCAUGUCUGCUGCAUUUAUGGCGAUGGAUCAGGGUUCUCGUCCACCACAGCCAGAACGUCGUAUUUCUUCCAAGCAAGAUAUGCCCUCUACAACAGACAAAGUAACCCCGCGAGGGUCUCUCGAUUCUACUCACAUCGCCACCUCAUUUCCCGGUAGAUCACAACCCUCACUGGAGUCCCCAUCAAGGACCGGCAGCUAUACAUUGCGGAGCUCACCUCGUUCCCAGCGUGCUGCUUCGCGGUCCUUUCAAGCUUGUCAGACGCUCAAAUUGAGGAAUGAAGAGUUCGGACUCGUCUUUACAGACGUGUUGGAUCGACCGCAGUAUAUGCACUCCAAGACGAGGAAAGAAGCCACACUGAGCAGAUUCAAAGAUGGUAUCGCGCUACCCGUGGCUCGGACUACAUACAGACAUGCCCUCAGGAAAAACGCGGAUAUCCAGAUGCUUGCUCCAGACACCCCUACUACCAAUGUAGAGAAUCCUAGACCAGUCGCAGUACCGGCAGUUCCGCUGAUCGUCCUGACGAGUGACGACGAGGAUGCAGAGGAAGGAAACGCGACGCAUACGAAGUCCAUUCGCAACAAUUUCAGUGGCAGCUCGGUGGUCAGGGACCAACACAUCGAACUCAAACACGCCCCACUGUCGUCCGUCACUAAAUUUACGGUGCCUGAAACGCCAUCUGCCACCACUGAGAAUCCUAUGACACUGAAAUGGCGCACCCGAGCGGCAAUGCCAUCAUCCCCUUCUCCAAACACCGCACAGAUUAAAUCCUCUCUCGGGCUCCAGCCACGCGCUCCCUCACCCUGCGACUCCCCCAAGCUCGGACCGAGGCCAAAUGGCAGCCCUUCCUCGCAGCGGAGCUCGUCAUCGUCCACGUCGAUGAAUUCACGAGAUCCGAAGCUCAUACUGGCGCUCACACAUCGCACUGCACACAAUGUCAUAGCCAGACUCGUGCGUCGAGAUGAUGCGGGUUUAGAGUUGCAGUUUGGGCCUGAAGUACGUGUUGACGGCCAGGCGGGCUGGAAUUUAGAUGGGCACUUGGUUGGCGGGGUGGUGGAUGAGAGUGUCGUUCUUGCUACGUGUUUGGUUGUGCUGAGGGGCAUGAGGGAGGGUUGGGGGGUGGUUUGA